AACGCACCAAACGAACACUCGAGCUCUACUCUAAGCUCAGCCUCACAGCUGCUCCUCUCGAGCUAGAGUGUUACUAGGAGUAGCUUAGAAGAAACCGCUCGCGAAAAAACUAGCUUAGAAGAAACAGCAGCUUACAGCUUAGCAAACAGCUGCAGCAGCAACAAUGGCGAAAUCUUACACCUUCCUGUUCGGUGCACUGGUCGUCCUCGCGCUUCUAGUGAGCCCCAUUGCUUGCUCCCGCAAGCUCGCCAAGCCGAACAAACACAAGCCCACCCACAAGCCGGCUGCCAGGGUCGUCGCGCCCCGCAGCAACUACACCUCCACCCCCUCGGCGUCCGACGCAUACGGCUCCGGCGGCUGGCUGUCUGCCGGCGCGACGUACUACGGCGCCCCAAACGGCGACGGCAGUGACGGCGGUGCGUGCGGAUACCAGACCGCCGUCGGGCAGCGGCCCUUCUCGUCGAUGAUCGCCGCCGGGAGCCCGUCUCUGUUCAAGGGAGGCAAGGGCUGCGGCGCCUGCUACGAGGUUAAAUGCGACAGCAACGCGGCGUGCUCCGGCCAGCCGGCCACCGUGGUCAUCACCGACGAGUGCCCCGGCGGUGUCUGCCUUGCGGAGGCGGCUCACUUCGACAUGAGCGGCACUUCCAUGGGCGCCAUGGCCAAGCCCGGCAUGGCCGACAGGCUUCGCGCCGCCGGCAUCCUCAAGAUCCAGUACAAGAGGGUGCCGUGCAAGUACAGCGGCGUGAACAUCGCCUUCAGGGUGGACCAGGGCUCCAACCCAUUCUACUUGGAGGUGCUGGUGGAGUUCGAGGACGGCGACGGCGACCUCAGCGCCGUGGACCUGAUGGAGGCCGGUUGCGGCACCUGGACGCCGAUGGUGCAGAACUGGGGCGCGCUGUGGCGCUACAACUCCAACACCGGCAAGGCGCUCAAGGCGCCCUUCUCGCUCCGCCUCACCUCCGACUCCGGCAAGGUGCUCGUCGCCAACAACGUCAUCCCCGCCGGCUGGAACCCCGGCGCAACGUACCGCUCCCUGGUCAACUACUCCUAAUUAAUGAACUGCGCCGGCGGUUCAAUCGAUCUUCCACCCCGACUGCGCUUGGCCGGAUUAUUAUGGGUGGCCAAGAAGUGCAUUGCAGUUGCAGGGGAUUCUCGAGCUUGUUUUCUGAGAAUGAAAUGUGUGUCCGGGUGUUUGCGAGAGGCGGUGUUCAGAAGAGGAGGAGAAGAAGAAGAAGGUUAAGGGAGCCGUGUUCUUCACUCCCUCCACGGUCUCUGCAGUCACCUAGUGAUGUGUGUAGUCGUCGUGUUGAUUUCUCUGUUUUUCUUUUCUUUUUGUUGUUUCUUUUUUGGUGUGUUGGCUGAGGAGAGGAGCUUGAGCUGCGACUAAUAAGGUUGCUGGCUGGGUGUUGUAUCAAGCGCUGUGUGUGUGUGUUUUGUACCACGCAAUCCUUUCAGAGAAUUGAACUCCUGUUUUCCUGUUUUA